GAAAAUCCUGCUCGUAAAAAGAAGAAGAGUUACCUACGGAUUGGGGCUUUGCAUCAAGUGGUGAUUUUCCAGCUAUACACGAAACAAACGAAAUGCUGCCUGUACGCUCGGCUGCUAGUCUGGCUAUUCGCAAUGCGGCAUUCUUGUCCCGCGGAUAUCAUGGCCCCAGCAACUUCCGUGUGUACACUAUGAAUGAUUUGCCCGUCCCGGAGGGUGAUUUCUUCGAAGAACACCGACGCAGAAACCGUAUGUACAAUGCCGUGUUAGCUGCUGGUGUAGUCAUCUUUGGAAUCACUAUGACAGUGGUCAAAGAGAGUGGAUUGAUCUACCUGAACUAUAAUCCACCGAAGAGCCUGGAUUAAUUGAAUUGUUAUUACCAGAUCACGCAAGUGACUAAUUAGAUGUUUCGGGAAAAUAAAUCAAUCUAAAUGAUGAUGUAGU